AUGAGGCAAGAAGAUUUAUCGAUGGUGUAUGUAACAACCCGUCUACAGGAGGAAUCUGAAAAGUGCGUGGAAAAGCUGAGUGAGAAGGCAGACCAGAGGAGUUUGAGUCGCCCUGCUAACCAGAAACCCAGAUUCUCAGGAGGCGAUGGGACCGAAGAACGCUCCACAGAUUGUGCCAUGUUGGCAAAGAAAUGCUAUCGGCGUGGCAAGCUCGGGCACAUGAAAAACCCAGGAAAAGCAAGCGAUACACAUGAGACAGAAAAGCGGACGCAUUUCGUCUCGGCCACCGCAAGAAAAGAAAAGAAAAUUUCUCCAGACAGCUACAUUUUGGACUCUGGCUCUGCCAGAAUCAUAAUGGACAGCCCUGACUGCUUUACAACACUCAGCAAAUUGCCAAAAGUACAGCCAGCUGCUGAGGAAAGGCUAGAAAGUGGGGGGAAAUUGCCCUCAGACACUGAUACUUUGCAAAGUGCAACAAACAGUGAAUCAGAGGAACAACAAAAUGAUGAACUGGAGGAGCAACAAGAGAAGGAAAGCCCAGUGGUUAUUCCUAGGAGGUCCACACGGACUACCAAGGGUAUUACCCCCGAUAAAUUGACUUUUGGCGCAACAAAAGUGUGUCAUGUUAAUUGUACAGAGCCACAGAACUUUGCUCAAGUUCUUAAACUACCUUCUAAGGAACAAACCCAGUGGUUUGACGCCAUGAAAGAAGAGUUGGGAUCAUUCAAAGAAAAUAAGGUUUACACACUAGCCAAAUUGCCACCAGGUGAAAAGUUAAUUUCUAGCAGGUGGGUCUUUAAAAGGAAGACUCAGGUGUCUGGUGACACACGUUUUAAAGCCAGACUGGUAGCAAAAGGUUUUGCACAAAAGCCAGGAAUUCACUAUGAUGAGCUUUUUGCGCGCACUGCCAAGGCAAAAUCAGUGAGGAUUCUUUUGUCUGUUGCAGCUGACGAGAAAUUGGAACUCCACUCAUUCCUGCAGAGAAUCUCAUUCAACAACAGUGCUGGGGAUGAAAUUGCAUUAAAUGAAUAUGGAGAGUUAGCAGCUGGCUUUGAUAUUACCAACUUGGUCACUUUCCCAAAUAAUUCCUAUGUCAGAGUCAAAGUGGGCAGCUUGGAUCCUCAGGCCCCUCCGGGCAAAGAGCUCACCAUUAAUGAAGACAGAAUCAAAUGGCACAGACGCUUCACUAAGGUGCCACCGCUUUCUGUAUGUAAUGCCAACUGCCAUCCUGGUUACGGGAAGAAAAAGAAGGAGGGGGAGAAGUUUUGCUGCUAUGAUUGUGAUCCAUGUCCAGAAGGAAUGAUUUCAAAUGAGAAAGACAUGGAAACAUGUAUCAGUUGCCCAGCAGAUCAGUAUCCAAACAGCGGCCAGGAUCUAUGCAUUCCUAAGAUUCCAAACUUCCUAGCCUUUGAUGAAACCCUGACCAUUGUUUCAACUUCCUCUGUGCUUCUAUUCUCUCUGAUCACAAUUUUAGUGCUAGGCAUCUUCAUUAAGCAUCGCAAUACAGCCAUAGUCAAAGCCAACAACCGAAGCCUCACCUAUGGUCUCCUUAUCUCCCUCCUCUUGUGUUUCCUCUCUUCUUUGUUGUUUAUCGGAAAACCUAAUAUGGCAACUUGCCUUCUCCGACAAACUGCUUUUGGCAUUGUCUUCUCUGUGGCCCUCUCCAGCAUCUUAGCCAAAACCAUAUUGGUGGUUUUGGCAUUCAUGGCUACCAAACCAGGAUCCAAUAUGAGGAAAUGGGUAGGCAAAGAACUGGCUUAUUCCAUUGUCUUUUCCUGUUCCAUUGUUCAAGUAGGAAUCUGUGUCCUCUGGCUGGCAACCUCUCCCCCAUUCCCAGAUGUGGACAUGCACUCAAUGCCUGAAGAAAUCAUAUUUCUAUGUAAUGAAGGGUCAGUCUCCAUGUUCUAUUGUGUUUUGGGCUACAUGGGCUUCCUGGCCACUAUCAGCUUCACGGUGGCCUUCUUAGCCAGGAAGUUGCCUGACACUUUCAACGAAGCCAAGUUCAUCACCUUCAGCAUGCUGGUCUUCUGCAGUGUUUGGCUCUCCUUCAUUCCAACCUACCUGAGCACCAGAGGAAAAUACAUGGUGGCUGUGGAGAUCUUCUCCAUCUUUGCUUCUGGUGCUGGGUUACUGGUUUGCAUUUUCACCCCUAAAUGCUACAUUAUUGUGGUGAGGCCAGACCUAAACAACAAAGAGCAGCUAACACAAAGAAAGGUAUAA